AGCUAACUCCGCCAGCUAACGCUCCGUGUCUUUAUAACGUUGGCCGGUUAUCAGUCGUCAUGCUGCGGCGGGGUGGCUCUCUAAACUCGGGGUGCUCCGGUGGACACGGAGCCGCUACGGGCAGCUAACUCGCAUCAUGCCCCGCACCGUGUCAGCUAGCGGGCUGCUCGGUUAGCCCGCUGCUAGCCGAGCUGCUAGCCGAGCUGCUAGCCGAGCUGCUAGCCGAGCUGGGGUCUCGGCCGGCCCGGCUCCGCUGUGUCCGCUCCCCGCUGCGACCCGCCUGAGCUCCCGGCUUAGGGAGAGCCGUCCGCCCGGUUACAGAGCAUGAUGCAGCCGCUGUGUCGGGUGUGCCUCUGCCCGCAGGAGGCGGAACAUGGAAACGGUGGAAAAGUGGAACAAAGCCUCGAGUGCACCCAAGCUGCUGGAUAAGAAGGGUUUCAGCAAGCACCAUGGCCGGAUCGGUUUUGCGAGGAAUUUCCACAACGUCUUCAAAAGCCACAACACACUGCAGAUUCAGUCCGUCACUCGCCCAGAGUGUGCUGGCUCCUGUCCAAAUUUGAUGAUGAGCAGGAACGAGCAGGCGGACCCCCGUCCCGUCCCCAUGGCCCUCACCCCCCAGCUGCCCCCCCGAGCCCACCGGCCGCUCUGCCUGUCCGUCUCCUCCGACAGCAACGGCCGCUUCAAAGCUCUGGAAACGCAGGAGUGGAAGAACAACCUGAAAGCCCAGAUGGAGCAGGCUCACAGCGCCGGAGCCGCCAGCAGCACCGGGUCCCUGGAGAGGGCGUCGCUGUUCUGCGCCUCCACGUCCACCACGGCGUCCAGCUCGGGCCUGUCCAGCCCCGUGGAGAUCCUCAGCAAGAGCAAAUCCUCCAGCCGCUUCUCGCUCUUCUCUCCGCCCUGGAACAGCAGCUCCGAGUCCGACUCCAACCCGCCGUCCCGCUCCGGCUCCAAGAAGCUGCGCAACUACAGCCGGCGAGCCGCCACGGGGCCGGCCGGGGCGGGCGGCAGGGGCCCCGACACCCCCGAACCCAAACCCGGCGGUCCCGAGCAUUUCCAGUACUCGGAACCCGUCAUCUCCAAGGUGACGGACUACAUCUACGUGGGUAACCUGAACGCGGCGUACAGCGGCCGCACGCUGUGCCGCAACAACAUCGACAGCAUCAUCGACAUGAGCAGCCUGCCGGGCGAGCCGGGCCGCGGCCUCAGCCUCAUCCCCUGCACCUGCUCCCGCGGCGCCCGCCACAGCUGGUCCCGCCUCAAGGUGGACAUCGGCGACGUCCCGGCCGCGCUGGGCGACGGCGCGGCGCUGAGGCAGCGCUGCUUCGAGGACAUCAACGAGUGCAUCAACGCCUCCACAGAGAAGAGGAAGCGCGUCCUGGUGCACUGCCGCGACGGCUUCUCGCUGGCGCCCACCUGCAUCAUCCAGUACCUGAUGGUGAAGCAGAACAUGAGGCUGCUCGCCGCCUACGAGCUGCUCAGGGCCAAAUACCCCGUCAACAUCCGCGAGUGCCACCAGAACGUGCUGGUGAGCCUGGAGAGGGCGCUGCGGCCCGGAGGAAACGUCGACCCCGAGUGCUUCAAACAGGCCAUCUCCCGGAAACUGGCCUGGACCUGACUCCGUUACCCAGCAUGCUCAGCUGCUGUUGCUGACGCUCUUUAUUUUUCUACGCUGUGCAGGUGGUGGAUGUUGGGGCGGCUGUGUCCCUGCAGACGGACUGCUCACCUGGAUGUUGUUCACUUCAGUGGCUGUAAAAGUUUCUCAUGUUAUUUUUCUCUCAUAUCCUUUUAAAUGUGACCUGUAACCCCCCCAUACACACCCCAGGAAACGCAAUAGACUCUUUGAUGUACACAGCUUCUUGGUAUGAAAAUGUAAUAGUCUUGGCUGUAUAGUUCCUAUAGUCAUGCUUGAGUCAUGUGCCAUGCUGGUGUUUUUCUAUUUUACUGGGAGAUCUCAGGAGAUUAUUGAUUAUUGAUGUCACUCCAGCACAGGGAGGGAAGCUCAGCCACUUCACUCUGCCAGCCUGAAGAGAAAGCAGCCAGCCAGCAUUAGGAGGGUUGUUUCUCUUCCAAAAAAAAAAAAUCUAUGUAUCUAUAUAUCUGUAUCUAUAUCUAUAUAUAUAGAUAUAGAUAUAUAGAUAU